AUGCGGAGGGACAUGGGGGACGCGUGGAGGGAUACGCAGCAUGACAUGGGAGAUGUGGAGGGACAUGGGGACACGUGGAGUGAUACGCGGUGUGACAUGGGGACACAGGGGUACAUGGGGAACACACGUAGGGACACGCAGAGCGACAUGGGGGACACGCAGAGGGACAGCGUGGUCAACUGCCCCAUCUGCAAACAGCAGUGUGACCUGAAGGACAUCGUGGAGAACUACUUCCUGAGGGACAGCAAGGCCGAGGAUGCUGCCGCCAGCCAGGAAUCCAGCCAGUGUUGCACCAGCUGCGAGGACAACGCCUUGGCCACCAGCUACUGUGUGGAGUGCUCGGAGCCGCUCUGUGAGACCUGCGUGGAAGCCCACCAGAGGGUCAAAUACACCAAGGACCACACGGUCCGGGCCACAGGGAAGGAGAGGGAACGUGCUGUGUACUGCUCCAUACACAAGCACGAACCGCUGGUGCUCUUCUGCAACACGUGCGACACGCUCACCUGCCGCGACUGCCAGCUCAAUGUGCACAAGGACCACCAGUACCAGUUCCUGGAGGACGCGGUGAGGAACCAACGCAAGAUGCUGUCGACGCUGGUCAAGCGCUUGAGCGACAAACACGCCAGCCUGCAGCGCUCCACCAAGGAAGUGCGCAGCUUCAUCCGCCAGGUGACGGACGGGCAGCAGCGGGUGCAGGUGGACGUGAAGAUGGCCAUUCUCCAGAUCAUGAAGGAACUCAACAAACGGGGCAAAGUGCUGGUCAACGACGCCCAGAAGCUGACGGUGGGGCAGCAGGAGAAACUGGAACGGCAGCAUUGGGCCAUGACCAAGUUACAACGACACCAAGAGCACAUCCUCCGCUUCACCUCCUGGGCUCUGGAGAGCGACAACACCACCGCUCUGCUGCUCUCCAAGAAGCUGAUCUCCUUCCAGCUCCAUCGCGCCCUCAAGAUGAUUGUGGACCCCGUGGAGCCGCAGGGUGACAUGAAAUUCCAGUGGGACCCCAAUGCCUGGACUAAGAGCGCUGAGACCUUCGGUACCAUCAUAUCGGAGCCGAGUCUCCCCCCGCCGUCCCUCAGCCCCCAGUUGCCGGUCGCCAGUCCCCGUGGCCCCAGUCCCACCACGGGCUCCUCACAGGUACUUUUGGGGGGACAACACACCCCUGGUCCCCUCCUGCUGUCCCCUCUGGGACCCCAAAUUAGGGCUGAGGAAGGACAGGGGACCCCCAACGUCGCACAGAGCGGUGUGGGGGGGUUGGGGAUGCCCACCCUGCCUCGCUUUCCCCUGGGGGGCGAAGGACAAGGUUGUCCCAACUUGUCCCCUCCCCACCUUCACCCCCAGACGGCCGAGAGCCCCGGGGACGCGGUGACGGCAGGCGCUGAGCUCGCAGCCAACGGCCCCCCCGAAGCCGCUGUCACAGGAGUGAAGAGGAAAAAACACAUUAAUGCUCCCGAAGAGGAGGAGAAGUUUGUUAAGAAGCUGCUCGUUAAGCGCCGCCGCCCCCCCGGGGGACCAGUGAAUAGCCUCCUCUGCAAAGUGCCGCGGGUCAGCCUGGAGCGACUGGAUUUGGAUCUUUCGGGGGCGACACAGCCUCCCGUCUUCCGCGUCUUCCCCGGCACAUCAGCCGAGGACUUCAGCCUCAUCGUCAUCGAGCGGGGGACGCAGCCCCCCGAGUGGAGAUGUCUGCUGUGCCAGGACCUUCCCUCGUCCAGCGAGGACCUCGCCGAUGGCUUCAAGGAGGGAUCACCCCAAAAACUCCACCCCACGGAGCAGCGGAAAUGUGAGUACGUGCUGCUGGAGCUGCUGUGCCACGAGCCCUGCCGGCCCCUCCACCGCCUUUCCAGCUCUCCGGACGGGCAGGACGCCAUCGACCUGACACUCAUCCGGAAAUAA